AUGAGCAAAAAGUUCAAGUCGCAGGCAUCCAGCAGUCGCGCGGCUGCCGGCGCCUUUGGUGGAUUCGGAGGGUUCUCAAAUGCCUUCGAUAGUGGUGGCCGGGAGCCAUCGGCGCUAACAUACAUCACCGAGCCGCCAGACUUGACUCGCAUCUCAGAUCAGCAACUCGUGAUUGCAUACAAGAACUUGCUGAAGAAAGAUGAAAUCACACGUACCAAGGCCCUGGAAGAGCUAAAAGAAUAUAUUGCUUCAGUGGAAGCCAAAAAUGGAACCGUUGAUGAGGGCUUUCUAGAAGCAUGGGUUAAAGUCUACCCCCGGGCUUCAAUUGACUUGUCACGACGAGUGAGGCAACUAGCUCAUACCAUAAUGGGCUCUGUCGCAGGUGUGGUCGGAAAGAGAAUUGCUCCCUAUCUUCCCAAGGUUGUUGGAGCUUGGCUGGCAGGGCUUUACGACAGUGACCGACCAGUCCAUCGGUCUGCCCUAGAUUCUCUCACCACAGUCUUCUCGACAGAAGCCAAGAGAAACAGCCUGUGGAAAAUCUGCCAGAGUUCUAUCUUGGAUUUCGUAGAUGACGUUCUUCUCCACCAGAAUCCAUUAACUUUGAGCGACGAGCGGACGGUCAAGCGUGAUGACGCGGAGGCAAAGUAUGCCCGAGUUGUGGGUGCUGCUCUUCUACUGUUCAACCGCAUCUUGGGAAACUCGCCCGAUGAGGAUCUUCGUAAAAAUCUUCCAGAAAUCGAAGCAUUGCUCGCCAACAAGUCUCUGUGGGCUUUCUGCACCCAUGACGACCCCUUUGUGCGUCGUUCCAUAUACGUUAUCUUGCGUUCAGCUAUAUCCCGCGAGCCAGCGUGGGUUGACUGGAAAGUCCUGAGUUCCGCCAUCAUCGGAAAGUCGCUAUCUUCACCACAGCUGGGAUCCGCUUCUGAACUUUCUGAGUCUGUCUUGCUCUUGACAUCCUCACGUCCGCAGAUAUGGACAGAUGACUACACAGGAAAGACUUCUGCGUCUAAGAGGCUGCGUCAGUACAUCCAAAAAGGAUCACAGGGAGGCCAUGGGAAUUUCUGGUCAAACCUUGACCAGAUCCUUAGAAUAAUUCCCCAAGGUGUGCUUGCGGGAGCGGAUAAAACAUCCACUGACGGAGUAAUCACGAUUUCAAGUGCAUCUGCUCUAACUGAGGCUUUCCAGGACGGCCUUACUUCUCGCGAAGAGCCGCGCCAAAAUCUCAGCAUUGGUUGGAAAACCUACGUUAGGAUUGGGGGCUGGCUCUCGACAGUUGUGCCCCAGGAGCAGCAACUCGAGUUCAUUCGGACCCGACUAUUUCCACUGGUGGUGAGCUACGUGCGACCUGACCCUGAGCAACCCCAGUGGAUCCUUCCUACACAAUUAGCCGAAGAGAUUUGUACGGACUGUAUCGCUACACUUGUCUCAAAUGGGCAGCAUGAAGGACUCCAAGCUCUCUGGAGGCAGCUUUCAAAUGAUUUACUGGAGGCUGUUAAAUUGUCAUCCCCAGAACAGUCAAAGGACUACCGCCCAUCUCAGGAUUCAAUCUGCUCCCAAUCGAAAAGGCUAUUUGCUUUGGUGCCUUCCAUCCUUUCACGAGCCUCGGGUGCCGAAAACGAAGCAACAGUUCAGAAAAUUUUCGAACAAUCAGCCUUGCUUCUUCUCGAAGGCUGUUUGCAAGUGCUCCAUUCGCGCAAUGGUAAGCCUUAUGGCGCUGCUGGAGUGGUCGAAGAAUGUGUUCGCAACAUGCCUUCAGUGGCAAAGGGCUCUCAUGAGCUCCUCCAAUUCAUCCAAAAUGAUGCGCCUGGACUUCUGUUCUCUCCCUCGGGCGAUCGCCUCAUUACAAUCAUUUUGGCCUGUAGGGAGUGGUAUGGCUUCUCUUCCAGUUUUGAGAGUGUUGUGGAAAGCGCAAUGGAGCUGGAGCCUGAGCAAUCGAAUGCCCAUAUCCUCCAAAGCCUACUAUCAAAUCUCGACUUCAACGAAAUUGGGGACAAAAACAAGUUGUCAUCUUUGAUUAUGCGGGCCCUAGACAAAUCCUUACGAGGGAGUCAUUCUCAUUGGUCUAUCAUCAUUUCGGCUCUUCGGAACCAGACCUCUCAGGGCCAAUUGAGAGAUCAGAUAUUCUUGUCGAUAAUCGAUGCAUUGUCUCAAGAUGAUAGGGUCUUUGAUGCCUUGCAUGGCCUCUCUCAUCUCGGACAGGCUGUUCCAUCCAUAGUCCGUGAAUUUCAGACAGGAACCCAUGGCUCAAAGCUGACUGCGAAGCUACUGUACUUGACGGAGUCCCCGUCAGAGGAGGUGGCAAGCCUGGCCGAGUCACUGAUGAAGUCUUUCAAGGAGACUGUGAUCGGAGAUACGAGCAACAAAUCGAAGAUCGAAAUCCUUCACAGUGAAUUCAAUCAUGUUAACGAAGAAUCUUUGUCAAUUGAGUCUCUCUUUGUGAUUGCAGAGGAGCUGUUGCAUGGCCUUGCAGCAGAUGAAUCAGACUAUACUGUCAAGGAUAUCUUGCCCUCUUCUGAUGCAUGGGAGAAUGCGAUGGGCCCCUUCCUUCAGCUUCCGCCGCGUGUUUCAACAGCUAUCACCAGCCCCUUGGGCGGCAUUGUUCAUCUUGUCCAGCGCGACAUUUCGGAUUCGUUCAAGGCAUUGUGGCUUGCCAUACCCCGUGACUCAAACCGUUGUUCCGCUGCAUUCCGCCUGGCAAGCUUUACGAUUCAUAUUUUGUCCUCCUUUAAAGUGAUUAAGAACCUGACCACCGAUGACCUCGAAAUUCUCAUGUACUACCUGCCAAUAGCCGUCCAGUUAAUCGAUGACGACCUGAGCAUCGAGCAUUGCAAUGGAAUCUCUGGGCUAACAUCGGCUACUCAACGUGAAGACUACCUUGAAACAGUCUUCAAAGGGCGGCAGAUCAUUAGCAAUUGGAUCCACGCGAAGGACCUCUUGACAUCUUCUUCAACUGUGACCGUUUCAUCUGCGCUGACUUCUUUCUGGGAGAACAAGCUGGAGAGUUUAAGCGGAAACUCCCCUGUCGACUACCGGAUUGGAGAGGCUUUCACCAAACUCAUGACCUCUAUAGAUGUCGUGGAGCAUCCUAAAUCGGCGGAUGAAAUUGCAAAAAUAUGCCGCGAGUCAAGAACGGCCAACGCCAUUCGUUCGGCGUCAUGGUUCGCUGUCUUACGAAGCUCAAUUCUCUCAAGCCCUGUCGGAAGCAGAGUUUGUAACGAGUUGGUCGCCGAUUCUACAGGGCUGAAACCCCUCGACCCCGGCUCUGAUGGAUUGCGAAAGCUUGCAUUGCUUAACAUCUUACUGUCUGGAGAAGAAAACUUUGUAUCGACUAUCGCAACGCAAAGAUUGGUCUUCCUUGCCAAGCAUCUGAUUGAAUGCCUUCACUCCGACAUGAAACUCCCAGGGCUGAAAGCCGAAAUUCUACGGACUUUAACAUUCAUUCUUCCAGGCCUCGCCGAAAUCUAUGGCUCACACUGGGAGGAGAGCAUGGAUAUUUUGAGCGUGAUAUUUAAAGAGACUAACGGCGGAGAAGAGGGACUGCCCCUUCUGUUCUCUUCGUUCAGAUUCUUCGCACGCCUGAAGUCUCUGGCGGAGGGAAACAGCAACGAUGAUCUUCAAGAUGCUUGGUCAGAGCGAAAGUCCGGACUGUUUAAUGAGGUGGCUUCUACCAUCGGAAACUUCGAUUCCGCAACUACAUUCCAUCAACCGCGCGACGUUGCUGUCGAGCUUUUGCGACGCCUCAUUGAAUCCAUACCCAUUGAGAAGCUUGAGGAUGUCAGCGGGGUCUUUGGCCUCCUCACUGCACAUAGUCGCUCCGUACAGCGCACUGCUUACACUAUCCUCCACCGUUUUAUUCCCCAGGCCCAGGAACAAGUCUCAUUUGACAUGGCUUUGUCUAAAGCUUCAGUCAGCCUCCCAGAUGAGCUCAUAUCAUUGUUGCUGGAGGCGCCUUCAAUGCAGAUGGUCAACGAGGCUUAUGGAGAUGACAAGAUGUGGACCACCAUACGGGCUUACCUUUUGAGCUGGAAAGUCGUGUUUGAUCAUUUCACUAAUGCUUCGCUUCCCGUCCAAGAGUUUUACACCACCAACAUCAAGGAGAACGAAGUCUUGACUCCACUGCUGGAGUUCACCUUUGACUUCCUUCAAAAGUCUCACGGCAAGAUCGUUGAUGCGUCUAAAUUUGACGUCCAAAACUUUGAACCAGAUCAGUCUGAGAAUGCUGAAAAGGAGACCGAAUGGCUGCUGAUCCAUCUGUACUACCUCUGUCUUCGCCACUUGGCAAACAUGACCAAGAAUUGGUGGAUUGACACCAAGAAACGAAUCAAGGGCCCGGUGGAAUCAUGGACAGAGAAACAUAUCUCCCCACUCGUGUCCGGAGAUUCCCUCGAAGGUGUUACAGAGUGGAUCUCCACACAAGAUCCUAACGAAGAGCGAGCAUUGAGUGUGAAGAUUUCGCCCAAGACAGCAGAGAUCAUCGCCAGCAUCCCCGUCGAUGAGGAAUCACCCCCAGUCUCCAUUUCGAUCUCUCUCCCACCUGCAUACCCACUCCACCCAGCACUGGUAGUCGGCCGUAGCCGAGUGCUUGUGGACGAAAAGAAGUGGAAGAAUUGGCUACUUACAAUCCAGGGUGUCAUCAUGUUUGCCAACGGUAACCUGGUUGAUGGUCUCCUCGCCUUCCGAAAGAACGUGCAAGGUGCUCUGAAGGGACAAAGCGAGUGUGCGAUCUGCUACUCGGUCAUCUCAACCGAUAUGCAGACCCCGAACAAGCGCUGUGCCACCUGCAAGAACACAUUCCACUCAGUCUGCCUGUUCCGAUGGUUCAAGAGCAGCAACCAGAGCACCUGCCCCCUAUGCCGCAACAACUUUGUAUAUGUUUGA